AUGGAUGAAUUUACGCCCGAGUGCCUGAAAACGGGCCCCAAAUGCCGCAUACGGCUGCUGGAGGAAGGAGUGUCCGAAUCGGAUCUACCGGCCCUCAAAAAAUCAACAAAAUCAUCCUUGCCGGGGACCGCACAUCUCCCCACCGAAGUGAAACGAUCCACAGUGGACCACCACCGGUUGCUGAACACCGAACCCAUUUGGCGGCAGCUCGAGUCGCACUACGACUCCAUUCGCAAGACGUGCGUGAUCAAGAACCUGUUCGACGAGGACCCGCACCGUUUCAAGGAGUUCAGCGUCACCCUCAACACGCCCCACGACGGUCCCAUACUGGUGGACUAUUCGAAGAACCGUCUGGACGAGGAGGCGAUGCAACUGCUCAUCGAUCUGGCCAACGUGAGGGGCAUCGUUAGGGCGAGACAAGCCCUGUUCAAGGGCGAACGCGUCAACGUCACGGAACACCGUCCGGUGCUGCACACGGCGUGGCGCUCCCGUACCACCGAGCCGGUCAUGGUGGCCGGCAUGAAUGUGCGGACGCAGAUGCUCAGUCUCUUGGAUAAAAUGGAGAAGUUCACCGGUGCGGUUCUUGGGGGUAAAUGGGUGGGUUUCACGGGGAAGAAGAUCACGCAUGUGUGCGUUAUUGGGGAGGGCACGUCUGAGUUCGGGACCAAGAUGGUGGUGCAGGCGUUGAAGGCUUUCAGCCGAGGGUUGGACAUUCGGUUCAUUCUCAACGUGGACAAUAACGCUUUCGUAGAAAGCACCAAUGGGGUCCAUCCCCAUUCGGUUUUGUUUAUAAUAGUCUCGAGAUCGUUCCUCUCCAAAGGCACCAUUAAAGUUGCCAAUAUGGCCAAACAGUGGUUCUUGUCGUCCACCAAUAAGGCGGAACACAUUAAAAAGCACUUCGUAGCAGUGAGUGCGAAUAAGAUGAAAGUGACGGAGUUCGGCAUAGAUCCAGAUUACAUGUUCGAGUAUUACGACUGGAUAAACGGACGAUAUGCCGUGUGGUCGGGGGCGGGAAUAUCCAUCUCCUUAGCCGUCGGCUUCGACAAUUAUCUGCAGCUGAUGGACGGUGCUCAUUUCUUAGACGAACACUUCUUAUCUGCCCCACUUGAAAAGAACAUACCCGUGAUCUUGGCCGUGAUCUCCAUCUGGUACAUCAACUUUUUCGGGGUGCAAGCCCAGGCCAUCAUGCCGUACGACGAAUCGUUGUCCUUCUUCUUGCCCUACGUUAGACAGUUGGACAUGAGCAGCAACGGAAAGUUCGUCACAGCUUCCGGCAGCAUCGUCAAUUACAACACAGGCCUGAUUGUGUUCGGUGGUGUUGGUGCGACGUGCGAGAACAGCUUUCAUCAGCACUUCCACCAAGGCACGAAAAUAACGCCUUGCGACCUGUUAGCGGCGGUUCAGUCGACGCAGAAACAGUUCCUCGCCUCGCAUCAGAACAAUCUGAUGACGCACUUCGUGGCUCAGUCUAAGGCCUUCAUGAACGGCAGACCGAUGGAGAGGGUGGAGACGGAGAUGAUGCAGUCCGGAUUGGAUGCGGAAUACGUGCAGCGUUUGCUUCCCCAUAAGGUUUGUCUCGGUAACAAACCGUCGAACAGUAUCUUGUUCAGGAAGUUGACUCCCUUUUGUCUGGGUGCUUUGAUGGCUAUGUAUGAGAUGAAGAUCUUUGUCCAGGGGACGAUUUGGGAUAUCAACACUUUCGAUUGUUGGAGCACGGAGUUGAACCAGUUCUAUCACGACGUCGUCCUGGAAGAAUUGAUCAACGAUAAAGAUUCUAAUAAGUUCGAUUCGUCUACCAACGCUCUAAUUAAUUUUGUCAAAGCCAAUCGAAAAAAAAUCUGA